AUGGCGAGUCCAUACAGCAAUCCGUACGGCCAUAGCCAUCAGAAUCAGGCCACCAUUCCGCCGCUUCAGACGAACAACCUCCCGCCGCAGCAGCAGCCGACCCAACGCCCCUUCUCCCCGCCCUCAUAUCAACAGUCGCCAGGCGCCAUGUCACCCAGCAUGGGCAUCCCACCAGCGAAACGGCAGCGUCUUUCGCCAAAUCCACCAUCGCCGUAUCAGUCGCCCUUCUCUGCUCCUUCCUAUGGCAACACUUCGCCCUAUGCUGCAGGCUCUCCACCUGUUGGCCAUCAUGCUUCAUUGCCCCAGUCACCCGCCGCUGGCUAUCCAUCUCACUCAUUUCACCAACCCCAGCCUUACCCGCAUGCAAACGACUCCAACUUAAACGCUCGCCCGCCUCCUGGUGCUAUGCCACCGCCCAAAGUUCCCUACAGCAAGGCUCAGAACGACGGAGAGUUGGAAAAGGCGAACCCGCGCGACAUGGAUGUUAACAACAUCAGUGACGUUUUGACGGGUUCAGGUAUCGAUCUGCGGGCAGAGGAAGACAACCUGCUGCAUACAUUCCGAAAUCAGACCUAUGGAAACUCGUUCAACUCCCAGGCGUCCGGUUCUACUCUGUCACCCCACGGCAGCUUCAAUAAUUGGUCGCAGGGGGCAAAUGGCGCUGGCGCUUUUCAGGGUGCCGGUCCAUUGAGCCAACCUGUCACCAAAGAACAGCAGGAAGCAGAGCUUGCUCGAAAACAUUCGCAGGCGGCACGCGCAUAUGCCGAGGUUGCUCAGGCUCCGUUGGCCGAUCCGUUCCUACAUGCAACCCAGAUCAGGCAGCGCAUAUCGACUAGAGUAUAUGAGCAUGGCUUAAAAUUGAACCUCGAGGGUCUCUUCGAUAAGAUUCCUGACACCCCACAAAAUGUCACACGAGCUUCUAUAAAUGGAUCGGACGGUGAAUCAGUUGCUGCCUUACAGGCCGAUAGUUUGCUCAAUCACGGAGCGCCUUUCGUCGACAUACUCAGCCUUAUAUCUCUAGCUGCCGAGGAACGCCUACGAAGUGUGCUGGAAGAUGCAUUUACUUUGAGCCAAGGUCGCCAAAAUAGCUCUCACGGUGUUGUGCCGCCUGCUCUGGCAGACAUUGCCAUUGCUAGCGCUGGCUCACGGCAGACCACUGCAGUUCCGACAAACAUUUCCAAGACCGCAUGGGAGGCACCAGACAGUGCCAUUAGUCCCCUGACGGUCACGACGGAUAAGAAAGUCAACGCUGCACGGCUACCUACCCCGCCAACCGAAGCACCCCCGACUCCGCAGCCGACGAUCUCACUACCCAAUCAUAUCGCGAACGCACUGAAGCGAAAAGUCACAGAUGACUACAAAUGGGAAGAAGCUCGUCUUGCAAAGAGGAAGAAGAGGCUACAAGCUGCCUCCGGCGCACCUGCAGAAACGCCCACAGCCGCUCCAAUUCAACUCCCAGACAAGAUCACAAAGAAAGAACAGAUGCGCAUGGCCAAAGCUGGUCAGACAGAAGAUGUCCUUCAUCGGAAAGCCAACGAGACAGCCAGCAUGGCACUCGGUGGAAAGAAGAAGUACUCUUGGAUGACAGGAGGCGGUGGAGGGGGCGGCGGUGGUGGUGCGUCAGGUACUUCUACGCCUAGUCGGAUAAACACAAGUGCAGGCAGCGCGAGCGGCGCCAGCACUCCCGCACAAGUCCCAGUUGAUCGUGCACUCGUAGGUCUUAAGAGAACGUACGGCGGCUCUCUGGAGACUGGAGAUCCAGGCAAGAGAUUACAAGUACGCGACAUCAUUCAUGUCCUACAUGUUGAUGGCAAGGAAAGAAAGACACUCGCAACAGUGCUAGCAAGGCUAAAGAAUGUGGAGAAGGACGAGGAGAAGAAGCCUACAAGUAGUGUUCGUUAG